UCCAGGACCACAGCGUGCCUUCUCUAACGCCUCAUGAUGUACCAAUCCACAUACAGCCAAACGCCUCUGUCUCCGUCACCACGGCAACAUGCGCCUGGUAACACCGGAAGUACCUCUGCGGGCGACUUCCGCUUCCUGCGGAGCGCAGAGUCCCGGCGCUCUAGGACGGCUCGAUGGUUGAGGCUCGCUGUGGGAGAAGACAUGGAGGCUGGCACCUCGGAAGCUGCUUUUUCAGCAUUGAAACGUCCAGCUGAAGAAUUUGAAGAUGCGGAAGGGAAAAGGUUUUGCCCCAUUAACCCUGACAUUAUUAAGAAAGAAAUAAAAGAGGAUGAUGAUGAGGCAGGCAGCGGUGAAGAAGCAUGGCUGAGCAGCUUUGGAUUAUACAGUGAUGACGCAACUCAGUCAAGUAACCAUUCAAAUGCUGCUGAUAUCAGCACAAAUUCCUUUGCAGAAGGUGUUUUUGAUUCCAGCACAGAAUUCCACUAUCCAGUAAACGAUAAUUCAUCAUUUUUUAAUGUAGAAAAGCCUUUUCAGCCUUCAGCUGAGCUUGUGCCCCCACAGUGUUUUGGCACCAGGAAGUUAAGGUUUCAGAGUGCGUGGUACACAGACUUCCCAUGGCUUCAUUACAACCCUCAGCUAAAAGGUGUUCUUUGUUUUACCUGUGGAAAAGCAGAAACUAUGGGUCUCCUGGGUUCCACAAGAAGGAGAGAUUCUGUGUUUACAGCUGUAGGAUUCUCUAACUGGAAAAAGGCCCGAGACAAAUUUGGAUCCCAUCAGAAGUCUAAGAGCCAUGAGUUUGCAACCUGGAAAUUGAUGCACGCUUUACAGCAUCAGAAAAGGGAAGCUGCUCUGGAACAGCAAAGGAAAGUUAGACAGGCCAUUCCAGCCAUUUGUCUGAAUAAACUUAUCUCUGCCAUCCGAUUUUUGAUCCAUCGAGGCCACACAUUCCAAAACCAUGAAUCGAUUGAAGAGAGUUUGUUUGAGCUUCUAAAGUUCUUAGGUCAGGAUAAUGAGAUGUUCAGAUAUUGGCUCAUGGCGAAUCAGAAUUUCACUAGUCCAGAAAUUCAGCAUGAAAUAAUCAGCCUAAUGAGCCAGGAGAUUGUAGGUGUAAUUGCAAAAGAUGUCAACCAAGGCUCAAUGUACUACUCUGUAAUUGUAGAUUGCAUUCAGAAUUCCGAUUCUAAUCAGCUGAGUCUUACCUUGCGUUACUUGGAUUCUGAGAUGCAUCCGCAAGAAGAAUUUAUUGGGUUUGUAGACCCAAUGGAAGAAACUGGAACAUCUGCUGCAAACCUCAUCUUAGAUCUUCUUGACCGAUAUUCAUUGCCAAUUGAUCUUUUAAGAGGAAUUGCAUUUGAGGGAUCAUCGUCCUCCCUUUGCUAUACAGAAUCACGUGUCCUAAUGAAACAGAAACAGCCCUUAGCCAUGUUUGUACAUUGUGGAACUCCUUGCAGCAGUUCUUUGGCAAGAGAUUGUAGCCACGCUAGUCCAAUUUUGCAGCAAGCAUUGUAUUCUGUAAAUGAUCUGUGCAAGUUAUUCAGCCAAAUGCCCAAAUUCAGAUUUUUACUUGCAGAGGUGUCCCCAAGUCCUGCCUGUCAAACUCGCUAUUUAUGUUUUUCCAAAUGGUGUGUUAAUCUACAAGUAAUUAAUACUGUUAUUCAGCACUAUGGCUUAAUCAUAGAAGGGCUCAGGGAGAUGCAAACACAUCCUGGAGUUUCUGGGGUAAGAGCGCACUCAUUGUUGAGAGAAUUUAUUGAAGGGAACACUCUUGUAAGUUUGUUCAUCACAAGGUCACUGAUGGAGUCUCUGAACAUUCUGAAUUCAAAUCUGGAUGAACAAAGCAGACUUAUGUCAAGCUCCCUUAAGAAAGUAAGACUGGUAAAAGAAAUUUUGGUCAGGUUACGUCAAGAAGCAUCAGUACAGGAUUUCAUGAGACAAGCAGAAGAUUUUGUUACUAAGCUUAAUAUUUUACCGGUUUCCAUUCCACAAAAGAGACAGCUAAAUCCUCAGAACACGGACACUGAAGAUCAAGCUCCGAUGCCAAAAGAGGAUUUUUUCAGAGAUGAGUAUUUUAAAUUACUUGAUGCUGUCAUCUCUCAACUCGAUAACAGGUUCCUUCAACAAGGUUUUAUUGAUUACUGUCAUCUGGAAGAUGUGCUUCUGUCUGCUGGAAAAGGGGAAUCUGACACUGUUAUUGGAGAAAAGCUGGGAAUCCUCUCUAAAUACCCAGAGUUUAAUGUUCGAAUGUUAAAGAUACAGUUGGAAAUGUUUGCUCACAAAAACAGCUAUACUUCUUUGUCUGAAGCUGUUGGCUUUUACAAGUCUGUUAGUCCUGAAGUGAAGGAGUUUUUCAGUGAGUUGGGUAAAUUUCUGAAACUCUUGCUGAUAAUUCCUGUAAGCACAUCUGAGAGCGACCAGGUCUGUUGUACUUUCCAGAGACUCAAAACUUUGCUGGAGUUUACUACAGUGGAGACGCGGUCAAAUCAUGUAGCUCUAUGUUAUGCGAAUGAGACUAGGUUAGACAGCUUGUGUAUAGACUCUAUUGCACAUAAUUUUGUGCAUGGCUUUUGAGCACUUAAUGGGUUUGCCAUAACAAUCAACAGUGUUUUUCAGAACGGACAUAUCUCUGCCUGACCAGCUUUGAGUAUGCCACUUCCAAUAUGUUUAUAUAAUGCAACUACAAAAGAAGAAUGAAAUAACCAAGGUAUCAAAAUAUUGUAAAUAAAAAUUGUAUAUAAUUUUGUGCCACCCAUUUCACAGAA